AUGACGAUACACGAUUACACCCACGUUCCACCACCAUGGAAGCUCAAGGGCGACGUGUACCUUUUCAGCUUCUGGACGCCCAGAAAACAAGCAGAACAUCCCCCGACCAUCACAUACUCUCCCCUUGAGGCGAAUUCGCCAUUUAUCGCCCCGGAAGGAAGCAGACCAUUGGGCGGGAUUAGCAUGAUCCAAAUCAUACGCUACACCGAGAGCCCAGUAGGACCAUAUGACGAGUUGAUAUUGAGCCCCGGCUUCCACGAGUAUACUGUCGAAGAGAACGGCAAACGAGUAAAGAAGAAGAAUGCAAGAAUCACAAGAAUAUACGUAUCUCAGCAAUACACCUGCUGGAAUGGCCGUAAGAAUUGGAACAUCCCAAAGCACCUUGCCGCCUUCGAAUGGAAAGAGAACCCAGAUGGCAGCACCAAUGUCAAAGUCUUCCCACACGAUACCAGCGGCGACGUAAAAGAGGCUUCGGCCAGCCAUGAGCCAUUCUUCCAAGCCACCUUCAAGCCCAUUCCCUACGUUCCUUCUUUCCCUCUGUCUCUUAACCUGCUUUCGCGCGUUGGCAUCCACGCUACUCUUGUCCAGCCUCCUUUGCCAGAAGGAAACGGAAGCCAAGGCGAGCUGCCAGGAACCGACCGCUGGUGCAGCAUUGAGCCGGGACAGAGCACGAGGAAGGCGAGUUUGGGGUGGUUCGACAUUGGGCAAAGGGACGAAAAGGGCAAUAUCGUCGGUGAGCAUGAGAACUUUUGGCCUGGGUUGGGCCGGUGGCAGCUGGGUAUCAAGAUGGAGAACUCGGACGUCACAUUCGGAGUACCAAAGUAUUGGGAUGCGCCCAAGUCUGUGCUAUGA